AGACGGGAUAUCAAUAGAAUAGCAUGGCACUAUCACUAUACAAGUGUGAUUGUCCAUUUGUGUACAAAAGAACAGCUCUCCUCAUCUUUACUCCAAUAGUCCAAUUCAUCUGCCUACCUCCCAUCAAAUCAUCAACUCCCAUCCUACUACCCUCUCUACCUUCUUUUUUACAUAACCCCUCAAAAUAUAGUAAUCUCUCCUUUGCCUCCCUCUUAAUUCUUUCCAUUUUCUUCCACCGUUAAUUUUCUCUCUCCAUGGAUGACCCUUUCCACGUCCCUCAACAAAGCAGAAGACACAAACUCCGCUACCACCACCACCACCACAACCACCAAGACGACGAUGUCAUCGUCAACCCCCAACACCACCCUUUUCUCUCUCCUCUCCAAAUACUCCAAUCAACUUCCUCCGCCUCAACAUCAGCUGAUCACCCAUCACUAAUGGCGGCGGCAUCUACCAACUUAUCACUCUCCUCUUCCUCAACCCACGCGCGCGCGUACCUUCCUUCUCCAGUUGGCCCAUUCACGGGGUACGCCUCCAUUCUGGGCCGAUCUAGGUUCCUCCGGCCCGCUCAGGACCUUCUGGAAGAAGUCUCCCGUGUAAGUGGAAUUCCCCUCGACAAACACGGUCGUCCUAAUAACAACAUUCUAGAAGAUUCUGGAACUUUGUUUAACGACACUGAUGAUGAUUUGUCUCUCCGGUGUAGUAAUCCUAACCUCGUUUCCAUGCUUCAUGAGGUUUACAAGAGAUAUAAACUGUAUUGCCAACAAAUGCAAUCAGCUGUUACAUCAUUUGAAUCUGUCGCGGGACUUGGAAAUGCUGCCCCAUUUUUAUGCUUUGCUGUUAGAGCCAUGUUUAGGCAUUUCCAGUGCUUAAAGAACGCCAUCCUAGAUCAAAUUCGCGUUACUAGUAAAGCUUUUGGUAAUGUAGACUCCAGGAGAGAUUCUACUCCAGGUUCCUGCUCAGAAGACAAAGGUGGUCCGGCUUCUAACUUUCUUCAACAUCCUGUGUGGCGAUCCCAAAGAGGUUUUCCUGAUAAGGCAGUUGCUGUUCUCAGAAAUUGGCUAUUUGAGCACUUUCUGCACCCUUAUCCUACUGAUUCUGACAAGCAAAUGUUGGCGGAGAAGACCGGCCUAUCAAGAAGUCAGGUAUCUAACUGGUUCACCAAUGCAAGAGUGAGGCUGUGGAAGCCGAUGGUGGAAGAAAUGCACGCGCUUGAGAGGAAAACUCAAUGCUCAAAGGCAGAAGAUACUGAGAGAAUUGUUAAUUUGUCAAAUGACCAUCAAACUUCACUACAUUCCCAGCUUUCUGAGAAGGACUUUCAGACUACAUACUCACAUAGAGAAGAGGAUAAUAGUCAAUGUAAGCGCAGUAGGAUUGAAGCCUUUGCAAGAGCAGAGCAGGGAAAGGAACAACUUCGCAGGCUUUGCAACCGUCUUCCAAGCAACCAGGUUCUUGACAUAGGAGGAAGUCACACCGGACAACAACAUUUAAGCCAUUCUUCUGCUAUGGGCAGCAAUCAAGAUAAUACAACCGGGUUGUCGUGGUCCAAUCAUGGUCAAAUUGUACCAUUUUGGCUUGCCAAACAAUGAGUUUCACAAUUCGAUCUUGGUUCUUGAAAGUGCAAAAGUGGAAUCUCAUAUGAAUUUAAAGAGUAUUUUUACUCAAAUUUGUCUAGGAAAAUUUUAUGUAACUGCCUGCUCUGCUCAACUUUGAGAGUGGCUGGAAUUCGAUCUUUGGGUUCAGAAUUCAGAUUGCUCCAGAUGCGAGCGUGUGUAGCUUGUGGAAAGGUGAGAAUAACUUGUGUUAGAGGUAUUAGAUAACUUCAGGUUUAGCAUUGUUAAAUACUCCGUAUAAUCCAUGGAUAUGUUCGUCCA